CGAACAACCUGAGGAUUGAAGUGUAAAAAGCGCGCCUUUGGUUUUAAUAAUAGUGUUGAUGUAUUUACGCACUAGUCGUUCUCUUUCCUAAUGAUGCGCCUCUCCAGCGCUUCUUUGGGUGUGAACGCAAUGACAUCUCCGCCUUUCUCGAAACCCCCUCCUCUCCUGAGCAGAGUAUCACAUUCACACAGUAGCCUAACUCCAUAGAUCACUCCUCAUACACCAUCCUGCACUAAAAACAACAACAACAAUAAAGGACGUUAAAGAAAAGAGCAGACAACAAGGCGAGCGAUGCUAUCUUCUGACAAUGCCUCAUCAUCACCUUUGAGAGUGAAGCAGGAUGAAUUUCGUCUUCUACACAUUCUUGGCAUACUUUUAUUUGGGAUCGCAAAUAUUCCUUCUCCAUACCCUUCUCGUCCAGCCCGCUCAUUCUCACCCGCAGCCCUGCCACAUCCUAGCGCGGAUAGGACACACCGUGCGCCUGGGUGCCCUCCUGCCUCCCCGCCAGUCGGUCCGGGUGCGCGCGGCUCUCCACCGCGCCCUCAGCGGUCUCGCCGAGAGCGGCAACAACUUCCUUCCGUACAACUUGAGCCUGGACGUGGUGGCUCGGGAAGCCCCGAGCGGAGACCCCGAGUCGCUCUUCAGGUGUGUGUGUCAGGAUAUAGUGGUCCAGGGGGUCUCGGCUGUGCUCGCCUUCCCUCAGACGCAGGAGGAAAUAGUACAAAUGGAAUUUAUGUCCUCUUUUUUGGAAAUUCCUUUUAUAAGCAUCAUUGAGCACGGAGAACCCCUCAAAACUCAGAUGUGGUCUUUCAGAAGAUUGGCAUUUCGCUGAAGAACAGGACAGACCGACUUUUUGUACUUCAGUGCAGCGCUUUGUUGCUUAAAUCAUUUUUAUUACCUUGUGACGUGAUUAGGAUUUAGUUUAAAUUUAUUUAUUUAUUUGAUUGGGACAGUGCAUGUUAAUGAACAAACAUGGAAUACAUGCAUGUAAACAUGCUGGAUUGUAGCCAAAGGCUAAUUUCCAUCCGUAGUCCCACGGCUAAAAUCACACUGGUCACAAAACAUUACAUAAUAAAAUUUACAUCUACAGUUAGUACAUUGUUUAUCAAUAAAUUAGCUAAAGCCCCGUAUACAA